AUGUGCUUGCCAUUACAUCCUUCGCUGACCCUUCACGUCCCUCACCCACAUACAUAUCCACCACUAUAUAAACCACCCUUGGCUUCCCAUUCCUCUCAUCUCUUCCAAGCUCCACCAGUUACACACUCAUUGCUAGGGCUUCCAGAUCACCUCAUCAAUGGCCUCCAACCUUGUUCCUCCGCCUUCGCUCUUUUCCUGCUCCUCAAUCUUCUCUUCUUUUCCAUUCCUGGCAGUGCAACCCCAAUGCCCCCCUCACCAGGAACCGGCACGUGUCCCAUGGACAUACUGAAACUUGGGGCAUGCACCGAUGUGCUGAACGGUGCGGUGGGCGCGACAAUUGGUAAGCCACCUGCAUCCCAAUGCUGCCCUCUCAUCCAAGGGCUCGCUGACCAUGAGGUCUCCAUAUGCCUUUGCGCCGCCAUAAGAGCUAACGUUCUGGGCAUCAACGUCGACGUUCAGCUCGCUCUCAGCUUGAUUCUCAACGCUUGCGAUAGGCAAGAAGCCAAUAAAUACCAAUGUGCUUGAUGAUCUCAUCAGCCACUAUUAUCGUGUUCUUAUUCCAGUACUUGUUUCGACUGCUGCAAAUAAAAUCCUAGCAUCAUGUUGGUGUGUCUUAUUACGUGGACUGCGUAAUAAAUAAUCAUGACGAUAUUUAUGAAUAAUAAUAUGAAUGCACUGCCAUUUUUCUCUUC